AUGCAACUGCAACGAGCACAACGUUGCCGACUUUUCAGGAAACCAGACUUUCGACCUUGCGAAGACGCGGCACUCAACUUCACUAUCCCAUCCAGACGUGGGGUUCCAAGCUCGAAUCGGCCUCGGAGCGUCUACAACGCAGGAGAGUCCGACCCCCGAAAGGAGGCCGGUCCCAUCGACCACGGAGACGCUCUAGCGAGGGAUGAACAUAGGACUCGCCCAUCGUCAGACAGGACCUCUACGAGGACAAAAGCACCAGCAACAACCGCGGUCUCCUCUGAACUCGAGCUGCCUCAAGCACCAGAACGAAUUCCAGUACGAAGCUGCGUCGAGCGAGAUUGA